GCUGUUUUUGCACUCUCUCAUCUCUUAUAAACACCCAAAUCCUCUCUCUCAUCUCUCUCCUAAAAACCCAAAUCCGGCCAUCAGAUUCUCUCUCUCUCUCUCUCUCUCUCUCUCUCUCUCUCUCUCUCUAUUCCUUACAUCUCUAUAUAAUGAGAAUCCGCAACAGAUCCAUGCAACUGUCCUUCUCUCUCUCUCUUCCACCCCUAACACCCUCAGAUCUACUACCCCAUGAUAAACAAGAUCAAGAUCAAGAAGACCCACUAACAGUACCCAAGGAAACAAGAUCUGGGUUGCACCCAAUGGCGCACCACCUGAAUGAUCGAUCCGACGGCUUAAAUUCCAUAUUGAUGAUCAACAAGGGAUGUUGCAUGGUCUCUCCCCCCAUUGCCGAACAAUUAGAGGCCAUAGGAGGAAAAGAAAAGGAAGAGGAGGAGAGAUGGAGUGCAGGAGAAGAGGGUUGUAUGAGGAACGCAAACGUGGAUUGUGAGGGUCUACAGACCACUUCAAACCUCUCAUUUUCUUGUCCAGCAGCUGGGAGAUGGCAAGAAGAAGAGAGAGCAUUUCCAUUGAAGAAGAGAAAAGGAAGCAUUGACUGGGGAGUUAAAGAAGAGACUACAACAGAGAAAGAGAACAAUAACAACAACAACAACAACAAAACAAACAAGAAGUUGGAAGGAGUUUGGAUCCAUGGCAAUGUCAAGAAGAAGAAAGGCAAAGCUUCUGUAGCAAAAGAAGGUUCGAGGUGCAGCCGUGUAAAUGGGAGAGGGUGGAGAUGUUCGCAACAGACCCUCGUUGGAUAUUCAUUGUGCGAUCACCAUCUUGGAAAGGGAAGGUUAAGAAGCAUGGCGAGCGUCCGCAGCGGCGUCUCCGCCGUAGUAGUUGCACCAACGAAUAGCAGCAGCAGCAGCAACAACAAUGUGGAGAACGACAACGACAGGUUAUCAUUGCUAUCCUCAUUGUCACAAGGAGAAGAGAAGUUGGUGAUGAUGCUGAAGAAUAAGAAGAAGAAAAAUGGAAUGGUGAAGGCAAGAUCCAUAAGUAGCUUGUUAGCUAGGGCAAGCACACCAAGGAAAAAUAGCCUCAAGUAGCUUACAAUGCUUAUUAAUCUAGGGUUUCCACACUUGCCAACAUGGCACACGUGUGUGGAAUCGGAACCAUUCGUCAGUGGAGGUGUAGGUACCAUGUCCUAGCGUGAGAAUGAAGUUUGUUCAAUGAUCAGGUGGGCCCACACACGUGCGGAAAUGAGCGGUUAGAGAAAAGAUUGCCGGCCAGCCUUCUAUGUUCAGAUGUACACUUGUGGCCCAUCUGAUUAGGGUUCCUUGUGGGACGCCAGUCUAAUGACCGGAGCUGAUUACACACGUGUGCUGUGGACUGCCUUUUGGAUAACUCCACGUGUGAAAUUGUUUCUAUGUAUCUGAUGGAAUUUGAUAUUGUUAUGUUCGUUUUGGAUUGGUUUUGAGAGUA